CCCCCAGGUGACAGGCUGGCCGAGGGGCCUCCCGGUUCCCCAUGGACCCUCACCCCCACGGCUGCCCAGGCGGGAGCCGGGCGCCUGGCUGUUGGCCGAGGCCCGGACGUGUGGGGGGGACGCCGGCCGGGCCCCCGGGCAGCGGGCGUUGCUGUCAGGAGGCUCUGAGCCGAAGGACGAUGAGGCGCCUGCUGCUCCUGCUGCUGGGCCUGUGGGAGGCCCAGAGCCGUGCGGCCUCCAGGCCCAACUUUGUCCUGAUCGUGGCGGACGACCUGGGCAUCGGCGACCCCGGCUGCUACGGAAACAAGACCCUCAGGACCCCCAACAUCGACAGGUUGGCCGAAGAGGGAGUGAAACUCACGCAGCACCUGGCGGCCUCGCCCCUGUGCACCCCGAGUCGGGCAGCCUUCAUGACCGGCCGGUACCCCGUCCGAUCAGGAAUGGCGUCUCAGACGCGAAUCGGCGUUUUCCUCUUCUCGGCCUCCUCCGGGGGACUUCCCAACACUGAGGUCACGUUCGCCAAACUUCUGAAGGACCAAGGCUACGCCACGGCUCUGAUAGGGAAGUGGCACCUGGGCACCCACUGCCACAACAACACCGACUUCUGCCACCACCCGUCCAGCCACGGCUUCGACUACUUCCACGGGCUGCCCGUCACCAACCUGCGGGACUGCAAGCCGGGGGCGGGCAGCGUCUUCACCCAGGCCGUCCGCGUGCUGGUGCUGGCGCCCCUGCAGGCGCUGGCCCUGGCGCUGGUCACGCUGGGCGCGCUGCGCUGGCUGGGGCUGCUGCCGGUGCCCGGCGCGGUCUUCCUCGUCCUGCUGCUGCUGGCCGCCGCCCUGCUGGGCCUCCUGCUCUGCUUCCUGCACUUCUUCCGGCCCCUCAACUGCUUCCUCAUGCGCGGCCGGGCCGUCAGCCAGCAGCCCCUGUCCUACGACAACCUCACCCAGCGGCUCACGGCCGACGCCGCCCGCUUCGUCCGACGGAACGCGGAGAGACCCUUCCUGCUCGUCUUCUCCUGUAUCCAGGUCCACACGGCCCUGUACGCAUCCAAGGACUUUGCCGGGAAGAGCAAGCACGGUGCCUACGGGGACGCGGCCGAGGAGAUGGACUGGGGUGUCGGGCAGCUCCUGAAUGUCCUCGAGGAACUGCAGCUGACCAACAACACCCUCGUCUACUUCACCUCCGACCAGGGCGCCCACGUGGAGGAGGUCACCCCCAAGGGAGAGCAUCACGGGGGAAGCAACGGGAUCUUUAAAGGCGGCAAAGGCAACAACUGGGAAGGAGGCAUCCGCGUGCCGGGCCUGCUGCGGUGGCCGGGGGUGAUCCCGGCCGGGGUGGAGAUCGCCGAGCCCACCAGCAACAUGGACGUCUUCCCCACCGUGGCCAAGCUGGCCGGGGCCCCGCUGCCCGAGGACAGGAUCAUCGACGGGCGCGACCUGAUGCCCCUCUUGCGAGGCGAAACCCAACGCUCCGAGCACGAGUUCCUCUUCCACUACUGCAACUUCUACCUGAACGCCGUGCGCUGGCACCCGCCCAACAGCUCCUCCGUCUGGAAGGCCUUUCUCUUCACGCCCAACUUCGCGCCCGAGGGCGCCAACGGCUGCUUCCCCACCCACGUGUGCUUCUGCCACGGCCACUUCGUCACCCGCCACCACCCGCCGCUGCUCUUCGACCUGUCCCGCGACCCCAGGGAGCGGCGCCCCCUGACGCCCGGUGCCGAGCCCCGCUUCUGGGAGAUCCUGGAGGCCAUGCAGGAGGCGGCGGCGCGCCACGCCCGCACCGUGGUCCCCGUCCCCAACCAGCUGUCCGUGGGGCGCAUCCUCUGGAAGCCGUGGCUGCAGAUGUGCUGCUCCUCGUCCCCCGGCCUGUCCUGCCGGUGUCCGCGGGGGGAGCAGGACUGAGGACGCAGCCCGCGGCCGUGCGGGGGGAGCCCCGGAGGCACCCUGCCCGCACCCCUCACUGGGGCACGCGGACCGGGUGCCCGCUGUAGCCGACCCCCCAAACGCACCAUCGAGGGCCCCCGGGUGAUGCCGCCGGGGGGACGUCACGGCUGCCCGUGCAUCCCAGGACGUGUGUCAGCCGUGCGCCUCCCGUGAGCCACGUCGGGGCGCUCACGUACUCGCACGAGGGGGGACCAGCAGCGUGUCCCCCUGCCGUGUGCACACGGACGCCGGGAGGGUGCAGAGGGGGACCCAUCCACCCGCAGAGGGUGUGUGUGAGCCGCGGCCCCGGCGUCACGUCUCCCACAGCCUGAUCGGGCGCCGGGGCCGGGAGAACGCCGUUCGAAAGGCGUCCAGCCAGCCUCGGGCCACGCGACCCGGCCGCGAAGGAAGGCCCGUCCGAGAGUGGCCGCCGGUCCGUGGCCGUGCCCCGAGGGGGAGGCGGCGAUGAUCAGUAUUAUCGAGUGCACGGGACGCAGGCUUCAGCACGCGUGGGUUCGUGGCGCACGAGAAGGAGGAGGCGUGUAAGGCAUGGAGCCCGGUGGCGAUCCCAGCGUCACGGACAUCGCCACGCACCCUACACACCUCCUACUGGGAAAUACUGGGCGUGCACCGCCCACGGCAGCGUCGGGGUCACCGCCGACGCGAUCGCACGGCGACGCCUGAGAAUCCGUCUUCAAGGUGACCGUGUCCGUCCACGUUCCCCAUCCUCGCCGGCCGUGGACGUUGGGACACGUGAUGUGGAACCGUGGGCCGGAGGGCCACGUAACGUGAAGCAUGUAGUCACAUGAUGCGAACAUACGUGACAUUGACGUGAGGGAAGAGCUGUUCGAUCUGUGCGCCCGCCGUUGGGAGAAAAUGAAGGAUACGUGUUCCGUUCGUCGUUAGCGCUCAGAGAGCGUCGCCUCAGAACCGCGUGGCUCACCAGCACGCCCCGGGUCCCCCAGAACUCAGCUCUGUUGGUCACGGCCUCGCGCCAUCUGCAGGUUUUUGCUCGGCACAUCCCACAGGAAAAUGGAAUUAUUGGGCUCAAGAGGGACCUCAGCUUGCUUUCUUUUCUAAAGAAAAAAUGACCGAAUGUAUUGGGGGGACGUUGGGCGGUGAAGCUGUGUAGGUUUCGGGGGGAGAAUUGAUUGAUAAUCCGCCACCUGUGUCGUGUGUCGCGUGUUCGCCACCCAACCACGUCUCCCUCCGUCUCCAAUGACUCCCCCUUUGCCCUGUCCUACCUCCCCCACCCCCUUCCCUCUGAUAAUCACUGUAUUGUUGUCUGUGUCUGUGAGUGUGUUUUUGUUGAUUUCCUAGGAGAGAGAGAGAGAGAGAGAGAGAGAGAGAGAGAAGCAUCCAUGAUGAGAGAGAAUCUCGGACCGGCCGCCUCCGGCACGCCCCCCACUGGGGAUCGAGCCGCAACCCGGGCCUGUGCCCUGACCUGGAAUCGAACGCUGACCUCCUGGUUCCAUCGUAGGUUGACGUUCAGCCCCGGAGCCACGCCGGGCGGGCUGUUCUUACCCCUUUUAUUCCUAGCAUUUCAACGGUGACAUACACACAGGCGUUCACUCGUCGACGCGGCCAGUACGACGGCGUGAAGACCAAAGCCGGGGCGAUGGAGGAGCCGGCGGGAAGCGGACCAGGGACCCCCUGAAGGCCGGGUCCAGGGAGGAGGGGGGAGCAGCAACGGGGCCCGCGUCUCGCCGGCGUCGGAAGAGGGUUCGGUGUCACAGGCGGGCAUCCCGGUGAGGGUCCGCCCAGCCCUGUUGUCGCGGUAACUCGCUGGGCGCUGAGAUAGAGUCCCCCUGGGCCACGCAGGACGCCGGGGUCCGUGCUCUCCUCUCUCCGCGCAACUCGGUUCAGCACGCGUGUGGCGUGUGCGCCGCACGCAAGUUCCAGCUCAAGGGAUGCCCCCGGGGUCCCUAGGGCAGGCGUGUCGCACGCACGGGCGCACACGGGCCAGAUACACACGGUUGACGUGGACAUGGCCGCAAAGAAACCCAAAGCUCCCGUUUUCACAGAAACGUAGGUUUGUUGGCGAAGGAGACGUGCUGAAUGCAAAGGGCUGAAAUAAAAUAAUAGAACAUUUUAAUAAAAAUUAAUGUUUUUUUCUUGAACAUUCACUUACCAGACACCGAACACAGGCAUAUAUGAAUAUA